GUCUCUUCAGUCAGCAUCGCUGCUCCUGCAUCUGAUCAGCUGUCUGAAAACGGUUCGCACAUCACGUAGUUACUCCUCCUAUGCGCGCACUGCCGCGCUGAUGGAGCCCACCCGCGUGACGGCGGAGCGCGUGGACAACAUCUCCUUCAAGAAGGUCGGCAACGAAUUCCGCCUCGCGUCGGCCAAGGACGUGCACGAUGCUAGCCGGGGGGGCGAUGGGCGCCCCGGAUCUGACGGCGAGAGCGACGGCGAGGGGAUCGGGGGAGACGGGCUGUCGCUGCCUGCGGGCGGCCCUCGCCUGGCGCUCUCCAACAAGUUCGGCGUCACCGUGCUCGCCGGCGCUUGCGGCUUUUACGCGGCGCACACGCGCGAUCUGCUCGUCGUCGCCAUGGCUUACAAGCGCCGCGCCGAGGCAGGCGACACGUUCCUCGACGCGCCGCUGUACGCCGGCGCUACAGCCGUGCGGCGCUACCGCCAGGAGGGCGUCACGGCUGUAGCGCUGGCCGCCGACGAGCUCACACUGGCGGUUGUAGCGGGGAGCCACGUGGCGCUCUACAGCCUGCCGGCGCUGGUGGCGCCGUGUCCCGCCCUGAAGACAGACGAGGAGGCGCUAGUGGCAGAGGCUGCGGCGUCCAAGGCAGCGGAGGCGGGCGGCGCAGCAGCGGCCAUGGAGAGCCCCCCGCCGCCCCUGCAGGCGCUGGACGUGGCGGGCGCAGUGCAGCAGGCAGCACGGGACAGGGGCGCGGGGGGGGAGGAAGGGGGGAGGGUGGCGGAGUGGGGGUGGAACCCCGAGGUGUCGGGAAGCUUCCUAGUGCGCACAGAGGGCGGCGCGGUGCUGGCAGGGCGCGUGGGACAGGGGGGGCUCAAAUACGUGGCGGAUGGCGCUGCUGCUGCCGCCUGGAGUCCGUGCGGCAUGUUCAUCGUCACGUGCUCUUCCUCGGCGCGCCUUACCUUCUUCUCCGACAUGCACGCACCGCUCUUCUCCCUCGCACUUGCGCUGCCCUCGCUGGGCGACCAGCCCGCCUCUGUGGUGUCGGUGCGGUGGGUGGCGCCCCAGGCGCUGCUGCUGGAGGGGGAGGACGAGGACGAGGACUUUGGCGAGCCCGUGAGGACGCUCUUCUGCCUCUCCUCCGACCACGGCAACCUGCACGAGGAGGCGAGCAGCAAGCGCGUGCGCAAGCUGGAGGGGGCAUUCGCAGGCGUGGAGGACGUGCCAGGCGGCGGCAUGCUGCUGGCGACGCUGCAGCACUGGCAGGUGGCAGUGGCGCUGUGUCAGCGCAGCAGAGACUACCACGUCAACGUGCUUGGCUGGUACCCCCCGCCCUCUGCGAGCAAGGAGAAGGGGGCCGAGGAGGAGGGAGGAGGGUGGGGCAACGUGCGUGUGUGUGAGAUCGCCAACGACCGAUGGCUGGCGUGCAUUCAGAAGCAAGAGAGCGGCGACGACAACCAGGUGGUGGGCAUGGCGGCGGACCUGUCCACCUCAUGGGAGGCAGUGCGCCCGCUGGACCCGCGGGAUGACGAGACGCCGCUGCCCGCCACGCCGCUGCUGCUCGCCUUUACUCUCGAUAGCUGCUUCUACGCUUUCUCCCUCGCCCGCCUGGACAAGCUCCAGGGCCCGUCUCUCGUCCACGACCCCCUGCCGCUACCGCCUGCCCUGGCCGCGCUCCCCCUGCACCCUUCCCCCUCGCCCCCGGCCCCCUCCCUGCAAAGCCAUGCCUCUCCUCCCCCUUCCACGCCCCCCCCUCCCUCCCGCCCUCUGCUGCCCCCCUCGCGGCUGCAGCCCAGCCCUGUGGUGGCGGUGGGCGGAGGGGGGAUGGCGGGGGGAGGCGCGGGGGAGGAGAGCGAGGGGGAGUGGGAGGGGGAGGAUGAGGACACGGCGAGCAGCCCGUCCCCACUGCGCGCUCACGCUGCUGGGGGAGGGGCGGGGGGGUUGGGAAGGGUGGGGGCGAUGGGGGCGCAGCAGGGGGGGCCGGCAGUGAAGGUGUCGCCCACUGCAGGCGCUGCUGAGUCGUCCCUCAAGCCGGCUGUGGCUCACCCCUUCCUGCAGCAUUUCAUGCACCCCUCUGCCGCCCCUGCUGCCGCUGCGCCAGCCCCGUCCACGUCACUUGCCACGUCAGCAGUGACUUCUGCUGGUGUGGCUGCUGCGCCUUCGCCGCCCUCCUUCGCCGCACCUUUCUCAUCGCCCUCCCUCCCAUCCUCCACAUUCCCUGCCUUUGGCACUGCCCCUGCCUUUGGCUCUGCCCCUGCCUUUGGCGCUGCGCCUGCCUUUGGUGCUACCUCACCCUUUGGCGCGUCUCCCUCCCCCUUCGCCCCAAAGGCUCCAGCCUCCCCCCUCUCUCUGCCACCUGCCAAGUUACCAGAAGCUCCUGCUGCUACUGCUCCCACCACUGCAGCCGCCGCUGCAGCAGCAUCAUCCCCUGCUGCCACCUCUUCCCCGUCCGCCCUGGCUCCCGCGCCCACGUCCACGCUCUUCGCCCCCUUCUCUCGCCCGCCGGACUCCUCCAAGCCCCUCUCGCCCUUCCCCUUCCCCUCCUCCUUCUCCAAAGCCGCCUCCCCCUUCCCCUUCCCCUCUGCCCCUGCUGCCAAGGAACCCUCUGCUGCCCCGUCCGCCUUCCCCUCCUUCUCCCCACACGCAUCCCCCUUUGCUUCCCCCGCCUCGCCCUCGCCCUUUGCCGCCUCUCCCUUCGCCCCGCCCGGCUCCAAGAGCCCCCCUCUGCACGGGCUGCCCUUCCAACCCCCUGCUGCUGCCGCCAGUGCUGCCGCCAACGUUGCUGCUGCUCGUGCUGCUGCUGCUAGUGGCGCUGGUGCUGGUGGUGCUGCAGCAGCAGCAGCAGUGGCAGGGAUGGCGGCAUCGAAGGCGGCGCAGGGGGGGCGGGCAGCAGCAGAUGGGGCGCUGGGUGAGAGACGCCUGGCCGCCAGAGGUGCCUUUGUGGUGGGACGGGCAGGGAGGGAGGAGGAGGAGGAAGAGGAGGAAGAAGAGGAGGAGGAAGGAGAAUAUGAGGAAGGGGAGGAGGAAGAAUAUGGAGGAGAAGAGGAUGAGGAAGAGUAUGAGGAGGGAGCGGAGGAGGAUGAGGAGGAGUACGAGGAGGAGGAGGAAGAAGGGGAAGUGUACGAGGCAGAGGAGGAGGAUUGGAGGAGAGAAGAUGCAGCAGGGCCAGCCAUCCCAAAGCCAGAAGCGGUCUUCCCGCACCCCCCCGCCCUGCUCGCCUCGCCCAUUUCCCCCGACCAGCGCAAGUCCCUCCUCCCCCGCCGCUCCUCCGGACACCCCUCCCCCCCAGCAGCAGCAGCAGCAGGGGGCGUGGUGGAGGCGCUGGUAGCGGCGAUGGGGGAGGUGCGCGGGAUGAGCGACGAGGUGCGGGGGGCCGUGGAGGGGGGCGGGCUGGGGGCGCGGCUGAAGGAGGUCGAGGGGCGCGUGGGGGAGAUGGGGGCCGCGGUGAGAGGGUUUAAGGGCGGUGUGAAGGAGUUGGGAGGGUCGGUGGAGGAGCUGAGAGAUGGCAAUCUCAUGGCGGAGGACAAGGUGGUGCGCGCGUCCCACUGGGUGCGGCUGCUCGCGUCCCCCUCGCUCGCCUCGCUGCAUGCGGACCAGCCGCUGCCGCCGUCCCUGGACGAGCAGAGGCAGCGGAUACUGGCGCUCAGACAGGAGGUGCGGGUGCGCCUGGCAGAGAUGCAGCAAAUGGCGCAGGAGGAGGAGGCGAGGCGCAGGCAGCAGCAGCGGGACAGGGAGAGGGAGGAGCGGGCGAGGGGGAGAGAGAGGGCGCGUGGGGGGGCGUGGCAGGGGAACGGUGGAGGCUAUGGUGGCGGGUAUGGGGGCAGGGGGGAGGACUUCUCAUCGCUCACCUCACGCUUCAGUGGGCUCAACGUGGGCGCGGCUACUCCACCGCCUUCCCCCUGGCCGCCGCUGGCUGCCACGGUGAACGCGCAGCUGGCAGUGGCCUCCCACCUGCUCCACCAAACCGCCCUCCUGCGCUCCCGCCUUGCCCUCCCCCCGCUCCCCUCCCCGCCCCGCGCUCCCCCCCGCUCCUCUCCCCGCACUCGCUCCCCCCACCUUCUGGGUGCCCCCGAUAGGGAGGCAGCGGAUGGGGGGAGGGGAGGGGAGAGGGAGAAGCGUAAGGGGGGGUACGGGGGUGAGGAGGGGGGGCGGAGGAGAGGGGGCAGGGUGGAUGGAGGUGUGGUGGGGACGCCAAGGCGCAGCAUGGGGGCCACCAGGAAGGCUCUCCCGCUGCAUCUCCUCUCGUCGCCCUCCCUCUCCUCCCCCACGCCCAAGCGACCUCUCCCCGGCCUCUCCUCUCUUCACAGCCCUCCCCCCGCCUCCUCUGGCCGUGGCAAGGCACCUGCACCAGCAGCACCAGCAGCACCAGCAGCACCAGCAGCACCAGCAGCACCAGCAGCAGCGCCUGGGACUGCCACCCGCUCUCCGGCAGCACUGCCCAAGGCCAAGCUGAGGGCCAAAGCCAAAGCCCCACCAGCCGCCACUCCUUCCAAGCCCACCACCCCAGCCCCACCUGCUUCCGCUUCUGCCUCCCUCUCCCCUCCCGCCCGCUCGCCCUCCCCCCCUGCCCGCACCGCAUCCCCCACCCCUGCCCGCUCUUCCCCCUCCCCCUUCCCCGUCCCUGCCCCUGCCUCCGCGCCUCCAUUCCUAUCUGCAUUUGCUCCUGCGGCUGCUUCUGCAGCAGCCAAGGGGACAGCUGCAGGCUCCAGCGGGGCCAAGGCACCAGCCGCAGGUGCAGGCAUGGCAGGGGGAAUAGGGGGGGCAGGAGUGGCAAGUGGUGCUGGCGCUGCCAGUGGCGCUCCGCUCUUCUCAACAACAGCCGAGCCCAUCAUGUCCCCGUUCCCAUCACUCUCCAGCCCCUCGCCCGGCUCCUCACCCAGCUCCUCGCAAGCACAAGCGCAGCCCACGUCCGUCUUUGCGCUCUCUGCCUUUGCAGCCCGCCCUGCUGCUCAACCCAAGGCCAGCACUCCUGCUGCCAGUCAGACCAAACCGGGCACUGCAGCAGCAGGAGGGGCGUCGUUCGCCCCUCCCACUCUCUCAGCUGCCGCAAAACCACCCUCCUCCUCUCCGUUUGGUUUUGCCUCAUCUUCACAGCCCACCUCCCUCUUCUCCUCAUCCUCCUCCUCGUCCCUCGCGCCCUCCACUGCACCGGCCACCAAGCCAUCCCUCUUCACCGCCAGUGCAACCGUCUCCCCGUUCUCAACCACUCCCUUCUCCUCCUCCCCGUUCUCCUCGCCUUCCCCCUUCUCCUCCACCUCCCCAUUCUCCCAGACCACCAACCCCUUCCAGCUCGCUAAAGAGCCCCCCAAGCCACUCACUGCCACUCCUGCUGCGGCUGCUGCCAGCACAGCCUCAUCCACAGCAGCAUCUGGGGCUUCUGCUGCUGGGGCGAGCGCGACUGCUGCAGGCACGCCCCCACCAGCAUCCACCGCUCCCUCCACUGCUGCCGCACCACCCACCCCCACCCCCUCGUCGCCCCUACCUGCCUUUUCCGCUGCCCCGGCUUCCCUCACCUCCCCGUUCUCCUCCGCCCCUGCCCCUGCCUCCCGCCCCCCCCUGCUCUCCACCACCACGCCCCUCUUCUCAUCCAAACCACUCACCCCCCCCUCUGCUGCCGCCCCCCCCUCUACUGCCGCCCCCCCCUCUGCUGCCGCCCCCCCUCUGCUGCCGCCCCUCCCUCUGCUGCCGCCCCUCCCUCUGCUGCCGCCCCUCCCUCUGCUGCCACCCCUUCCGCUGUCACUGCUUCCUCUGCUGCUGCCCCCUCCAUUACCCCAUCGUCCGCCUCCCCCACACAAACAGCCGCUGCACCACCAGCAGCACCAGCAGCCACAGCAGCAGCCACAGCUUCUGCUGCUGCCCCCGCCCCUGCCUUUUCGUCCUUCGCUUCGCCCUUCGCCUCCCAGUCAUCUCCGUUCGCCCCCUCCUCCCCCUCCCCUGCCUUCGCCGCCGCCCCUCAAUCUACCCCCUCUCUGGCGUCGUCCCCCUUCCAGCCGCCCAGGUCACAGUCCCCGCAGCCGUCGGCCAUGGCAGCAGGGGAGGAGGAGGGCAUGGAGGAGGAGCAGGGGGCGUCUACUGCAGCCGUCAAUGCGCUGCUGGGCGCUGCUGCUUCUCCCCCCGCUGCAUCACCAGCGCCCUCCUUUGCUGGUGGUGCUGCUGGUGGCUUUGCCUCUCUGGGCUUUGGUGCCUCUGCUCCUCGCCCCACCACCCCGCCUGCCAACCCCUUUGGCGGCUCUCCUUUUGGUGGCCCUGCCUUUGCGUCCGCCUCUCCUUCCCUCUCUGCGUUUCCCCCGUCCUCCCAACCUGCCUUUGGCGCCAGCAGCACCUCAGCUGGCCUCUUCGCACCGCCCUCCUUCGCUAUUCCGCCCACCUCAUCCUCAUCCCCUGCGUCCUCCUCCUCCCCCUUCGGCACCCCCUCCUCUUUUGGUGCCCCUCGCCCCUUUGGCUCCUCUGCUGGCCCUUUUGCUGCUGCUGCCUCCGCAUCCCCCUUCGGAGCCCCUGCUGCCCCUGCUGCUGCCCAGACCUCGCCCAGCGCAGGGACAGGCUUUGCACUGGGCUCGUUUGGGCAGACACGAAACAUUUCUGGUGCCCCAGCGUUUGGGGCUCCUGCCCAGAUAGCCGCAGCAGCACCAGCUGCAUCCCCGUUUGCGGCAAUGGCAUCAGGAGGCGGGUUUGCCGCUGCCGCCCAAGGAGGAGGAGGUUUUGGGGCGUUCGCCAACAAGCCAGCAGCGUUCGGUGGCCGACCCACCAUGCCCUCUUCCACUAGUCCUGGGGCCCCUCCUGGGCUCUUUGCCAUGCGCAAGUGAAGGUUGCCUUGUGGCAUGAUGGUGCUUUUGGUUGGGGUGUCACAUUGCUGGUUGCUAACAGUAGUUCUGUUGGUGCUGGUGUGUUGUGUUGGAAAUAUCUCAAGGACUUAAGCGUUUCUGAAGUGUAACACUGUACUCGAGGAAGAUUACAGGGGAGCACGCGAGUCAACGGAGGUUACACGAGGGGGCGGACAAAGAAUGCGAAAGGACUCGA